CGGCGGCUCGGGUAGUUUCGUCGAAACCUUCUCGUUGCCUCCUCCCUUCGUCGUUGGCUAAACGUCCUCGUAGUCCUCGUAGAGCCGCCACCGCGAGCACUCGUAAGAUAGAAGAUAAGGAGAGAGGGAGGAAGAUCACGACGACGGUCGGUGAACAGAGAAAGAAAAAGAGAAAGAGAAGGAGAUUGAGAAACAUAGAGAGUGGGUGGGAGAGAGAGAAAUAGAAAGUGGGAGUGAGAAGAGUAAAAUAAGAGAUUAAGAGGGGAAAGAAAUAUAAGUGGGGAUGAACAGAGUGAGAGAUAAAUAGAAAAAGAAAGGGUGAAAGAGAGAUACUCGGGAGAGAUCAAGCGAAAGAAGACGACGACGACGAAGAGGACGAGGACGAGGACGAAGACGAGGACAGCGAUACUUUAUAAACGAGUACGCGCGUGGCGAUAUACAAUACUCGUGGCAUCUUCUCUCUUGAUACUACGCUGGUGGUGCGCUUCGAAGCCGGUUCCUGUAUUAUAUGUUGUUCGUGCGUUUGGAAUCCGUUGCUAGGACGAGUUCUCGUGACGUUUCUCUCGAUAGUCCGGCGCCAUUGUUAUCGUCCGCGUUUGAAAAGAGAAGACGGUGUUCGGUCGCGUCAUUUUUGUCAUUUUCUUCCCCUAUUUCUUCUAUUAUUGCCUCCAUCUUUCUUCCCUAUAUACUUUAUAAUAUAUCAUAAACUAUAAAUAUAUUUCUCUUUCUUACUAUUAUAACUUGUUUUCCUUGAAAAAAAAAAAAAAAAAUAGAGAAGAGAUAUAGAAAGCCGGUUUUAUUACUAUCAGACACGCCGGUAUAUUAUGACCAGGAAAAAGUGUGCUACUACUAACGAAUAACACCUCUCCAAGGUUCUUGUUUUUUUGUUUUUUUUCUCACCCCAACGAGAAUCCCUCGUUUCUACGCCUUUGCACGUUUGACAGGUGCGUUCGAGAACCGCGUGAACGAGAAAGAGAAAGAUCCAGAGGAAGGGACGAUAAGGUCGGUUUUAAAAGGGGGAGAGAAAGAGAAAAAGAAAUAGUGAGUGUGAGUGAGAGAGAUAGUCAAGCUCCUCGACACUCUUCGUGUAGUUUUAUUGUUUUCCUUCUACCAGUAAUAGUUGGAAGGGCAAAAGAAAGAAAGAGAAGAGAAGGGAGGGAAGAAAGGUCGGUCGUGAGAUCGAGAAAACAGAAGUGAAAGAACGAGAGGGACGAAAUCAUCUUCUUUUCUUCGUCCUUGCUGCUUGUUGUUCUUUGUCGUUGAACCGACCCCGGCAUUUUUCCUUCGGUGGUAACUACUACUUACCGCAUACCACAACCCUUUGGUUGUUGCUUCUUGUACUACAACUACGAGAAAAAGGAAAAAUAAAUAACGUUAGAAGGGCCAGCAAGUUUGCAAAGAAGAUAGAAAUAAAGAAGGAAAGAAAGAUAGAUAUAGAAAGAUUUAAACAGAAUAAAGAAAAAGCAAGGAGCCAGUGUUCUCGUGUACACAGUGUCCAGUGCAUUAUGUGAUUGUUUUCUCUGCGACGCGCUUUCCUCGGCCACCGGUGAUCGAUUCGAAGAGCGUGAAGGAUGCAGGGAGUGACGUUCCCGCGUCGGAAAGGGAGAUUCACCCCGUCUUCGUCAUCCUCGUCGCUACUAGUUCUACUGCUACUGCCACUAGCCGAACUACCCCUCGCGAACGGUUCUUGUGAAUUUCCAGCAAGUUGGUCGGGAGAAUGGUAUCAACACGGAAUACAGGUACCCAUUAUCAUAAAUACAACGAUGUUAGGCGAAAGAAAAUGUGUGGAAAGAAGAAAAGACCAAUUUAUUACGUUCGGUGAAAAAUGUUACCGUUGUAUGAUCAUUACUGCCAGGCACGAAAACGUCAUUCAAUUUCGCGAAGGACUUUAUUGCAAUCCGGAUAUAAUGGAAUUGGAAGCCAUGUGCUCGAUGAUCAGUUCAGACGAUCCUUUAUACUCUAUGUUUCGGAAAAACUCUAAACCCAUACCUUGCCCAUUCAGCGGACCUCCAUUCACGUUUUCGUAUAGUCGAGGAUAUGGUGAAUGCGUUUUACCAAUAAGUUUGGCCGAAAGAUGUACGGACGAGAGUAAACUACUUCUUAAAUAUCAGGCCUGUCCCGACAUCCAUGGAACCGAAAGUAACACGGAGGAGUUGCAAUGCUUGGCUGUUUGGAACGACGGUGGACGGAAUAAAUAUUUAGUGGGUACACUUAAGGGAAGAAAUGCCGUUUCUACUGAAGUAACGUUUAGGUGCUUUUUAUACGAAGAGAAACAUCAUCAGGGAAAAGUAAUGUACAUGCUUGCUGAUUCCGGAGAACCUACUUGCAAUGGUUUGACAACUAUAUCCGAUGCAUCACUCACUAUAAAACUUACAAAAGUUGACAAAGAACACAGCAGGUGCAAAUAUCCAUCGUGGGUCACGCAACAUCACGAUUGGUAUUCAUUGGAUGGCACCAAAACUUAUCACUUUACAAACAAGAAUGCAACGCUCAAAAUAAAAGCUCAAGAAACCGAUAGAGAAGCAUACCACGAGGAAAAAAUUGUCUGUCAUAAUUUAGAAAAGAUGCAUCCGAACGAUAACAUGCAGGGUCACAAAGUUAAGGUGAUCGCUCAUGUGACCAGCGGAUGUGACAUCGGUUAUGUGUGCAUGAUAUUCCAUAAAAGGGAGGGACAUAUUAUUGAAAUACAACAAUCUGCUCAAAAAGCAAUUAUGCCGGACGAAGUUUGCUCCCUGUGGGAUCCUUCAAAUAUGCCUUAUACGACUCUAAUAACUUCUUUUCUACAUCAAAGAAAGUGUUCACACGCUGGUCGGUACUCUAUCAUACCUUUUGUCCCUUCAAAUGUAUUCUCGACUACUAACAGACGACAGCGUCGUAGUGAGAGAUUUUCGAAAACGGCAAAAAGAAGGACGUGGCAGGACGACAUUGAAGGUGAAGAGUGUAGAAGUACGGAUAUUCAAAUAGGAUGUAGUUCUUCCGAUCAAAAUGAAAUGAUUAUUGCAAAUACUUGUGAACAUGAAGAACAGGCAUAUUUUUGUCACGGUAGUUGGGAAGAAAAAGGAAUAUGGUAUACUAUAGUAUCAUCUAAUAAUAGAGAAAAAAACACUGAAAGCAUGCUCGACCAAGGACAAACUUAUUGUUUCUCAAUGCGGUCUGGAAUAAAUACAGAAAAAAUUCAAGAUAGGAGUAGAUCGUUACAGCAAGAACAAGAGUUGUGGCUUUCAAAGCCAACACGUUUUUGUCAGAGAAAUGAAACUAAUGAAUGGAUGUACAGACUCUCAAGUCAAGGUGUCUGCGAAGAUUUAAUGAAAGCAGCUUCGAGCAGAGCACCAUCACCUACUUUUUCGUUAAAUAGUAGUACGAUUAUCGUUACAAUAUUCAUUACGACAUAUACGAUAUUGUUUAGAUGAUUCAGCAUGAAAGGCCUGUAGAUAUUGAUUGAAACUCAAAUUAUAAACUACAUUUAGAAGCAGCAUCAGCAGUAGCAGCAGCAACAACAGAUACUAACAAACUGAACAGUCGAUAUAAUAUUAUUACUAGAAGGUGUACAAAUAAAAAUAAGUUAUCGGCCUUCUUUUAAAUGAAAAUAAUAAUUUAUUUAUUUUAAAUGUUAAUCGGGAAAAUAAUUUCCUUUUGUUUUUAUACAUUUCUCGGGCAAAUAGCGAAUCUCUUAAUAGUAAAAUAAUGGCGGUUUUGAAUUCAUAAAAUUGGUAAUGCAUUUUUGUUAUUUCUUAGAAAGUUUUUUAACAAAAUGGAAAUAUGUUGUUGGAUAAUUCCUAAUGCAGUAGAAAACUACGCUUAAGUUUAACAACAAUUUUUGUCCAACAACUGUUCCAAAUUCUUAUUUGUGAAUUUUUUAAAUGGUCUUACUUUCUCGACCUUCUCGAAGGCUCUCGAGAUUGAAAUUUUUAAAAAAUAAUUCUUUACAGUGUUGAUGAAUGCAUCAUCUUUCCUCGAUGCUUCACAUAUCAUAUCUUUACCCUCACGCGAACGUGAAAAGCAUACAGUGCCUAAUAUGCGCCUUAUUGUAACUAAUUUUGUUUACUGUGCUAACGAUGAAUAUUUUUAAAUUAUGUUAAACUAUUAAUCCGGCAAUAUAGUCUAAUAGAUUUGUAUUAUAUAGCCCCAGAAUUAGUGAGAAAAUGUUUUCGUUCAAAUAUUUAAUAUUCGUUUUAAUUCUUAAGCCGAGAACUUAUUUGUACACCUAAUUUUAUUAUUAUUAUUAUUAGUAGUAGUAGUUUUAGUAUUAUUAUUAUUUUAUUAUUAUCAUAUUAGUAUAACAAAGGGAUUGAUAAACAUCGAUAAUUGAAAAGUUAUAUUUUAAACUUUUGAAAAAUUGCUAGUUUUAAAUAGUACAGGAUGAACAAGAUACAACUAAAGAAUGACUAUAAGUAAAUUAUGAAGCUGCAAAGCAGUCGUAAAACUCUCUUAUAUGUUCAAAGGCUGUUGCACGGUUAUUUAUUAAAAACAAAUUAAUUUUUCUCACUGUUCAAAUACUUGUUAUUGAAGUAUUUUAUUUUUAUAUACAUAUUAGGGAAUGUUUAUUCUGAUGGAAUAGCUUGUGAGUUUUCAAUAACAUCAUAGAUUUGUGCUUACGAUUUAAAUAGAAGUUGGUACUUAUUCUUCUCUCUCUCUCUCUCUCUCUUUCUCUUUUUCUAUCUUACACACUGUUUCCGAUAAAGUACGUAACUUUACGCGUAACUAUCGAUGCUCUGAGAUUUAAAAAAAAUAUAUAUUUUAUAUUUCUAUACUUAACGUUUAUACUGUUUACUAUCAAUUUUUUACGCAAUAAUUUGUUAGUAUCUCUGCAACGAUAACUCUAAGGAUUACAACGUGACAAAUGUCGAAUGUUUCAAUGUUUGCAGCAAUCAAAGCAGAUACAGGUUGAUCUUUAGUUUAGCACAAAUUGUUGUUACGUAUAUAUAUGUAUAAUAUAUCGUAGCAAUAUUUUUCUUUUAACACGAUAUAACAUUGGCACGUACUGCCCGUUCCUAAUAGUUUUUCAAACGAAACUAAAUAAAAGAAAAUAUUCUUCUUUUAUACUGAAGUAGAAUACAAGUUAAUAACGAAAUCUUUUUUGGACAAAAUAAUUCUAUAACAUUCCAAAAUUCAAAAUAGAGAAGAUAAGAUUCUGGUGCAUUUAUUAUAAUCAUUAUUAUAUAUUUAAUUUAUUAAAUAAUUUUUGUAUUAUUUCAAGUUGACUCGCGUAAGUUGUUAAUUACAAUAUAUAUUUUUCUUCUUUAAUAAACAAUCCUUACUAUUCCCAACAUUGUAUCGUUGGGAAGAUUUUCAAAUAAAAUAAAUAUAUAUAAAUCUUUUUUAACAGAAAAUGUUAAAAAAUAUAUCUAGUUUCUUAUAACAGCUAUAGAUUAUUAGCAACAGUCUUUGAAUAAAACCAGUUCUAGAGUUGUAGGAUUUAAAAAUUGAUGUAAAUCAUUAAUAAUAAUCGAGCUAUUGUAAAUAAAACCAGGGUAUAAGUAAUUUAACACUAAUUUCAUUUGUUUUAUACUCAAGUGAGAAUGAAGUAAUAAUAUGUAAUUAUAAAUUAUAACUUAACAUGAUAAGCUAAUUUAAAUGUAAUAGCGAAUGAAUAGUUUUAUCUUUUAGCUAGUUAUACAUACGUAUGUGUGUACAUCUGUAUAUAAUAAUUUAAAUAUUGUAUAAAGACUGUUUUUAAAGAGUAAAAAAAGUUUACAGUUCUCGACUACGUUUAGCUAA